AUUCAUAAAUGCAUCUCUAAGGACUUUGCCUCCUUGGUGAUAUGCUCUGACAGAGCAGAGAAAAGCUGUCAGAAAUGUCCUAUAUUUUGGGUAUAGACGUGGGAACCACGUCGGUGAAAGUAGUUUUAUUAGAGACCAACUCAAAAACAGUGUGUGCUUCUCAGACUUUAGCCACUGAGUCCGAUAUCACUGACAGCAACGGCAUUAGGGCUAAAGAACAGGAUACACGUGCAAUUAUUGACACUCUAAAUCGAUGCGUGGCUCUCCUGCCCGGAGACAAACUGCAGAGUGUGAGGAGCAUCGGUGUGUCCGGGCAGAUGCACGGAGUUUUAUUCUGGAGAGCAGAGAGUGGUAGUGAUUGGCCCAGCAGUGAAUCCUUUACAGCCAGAGACACCAGUCAGCUGAUCACCUGGCAGGAUGGACGUUGCAGUAGUGACUUCUUGUCUUCUCUUCCAAAACCAGACUCACAUCUCAGUGUGGCCACAGGAUUUGGAUGUGCAACAAUCUUCUGGUACAUGAAGCACAGGCCUGAGUUCCUCAAGGACUUCACAGCUGCAGGCACUAUUCAGGACUAUGUGGUGUCCAUGUUGUGCGGAUUGGACAACUGCGUCAUGACGCCUCAGAAUGCAGCCAGCUGGGGUUUCUUCAACACCCGGACCAACCAGUGGAACACAGACGUUCUCAAGGCGGCUAGCUUCCCUUUGUCCUUGCUGCCUCACUGUGUGCCAUCUGGCAGUUUGGUGGGACAGACCUGCUUUGAGUGGCAUGGCAUUGCUGCUGGGGCAGCAGUGGGGGCUGCACUUGGAGACUUCCAGUGCUCCGUCUACUCCUGCAUGAGAGCGCGGACAGACGCAGUUUUGAACAUCAGCACCUCAGCACAGCUUACCUUUGCUAUGCCAGCUGACUUUAAGCCCCCACGGUCUACUCAGCCUACCUCCUCUGUGUCCUACUUCCCAUACUUUGACAACACAUAUUUGGCUGUGGCAGCAUCACUAAAUGGCGGGAAUGUUCUGGCUUCCUUUGUGGAAAUUCUUACUGCCUGGAUGAAAGAGCUCGGUGCUGAAUUAAAAGACCCCUCCUUAUAUGAGAAGCUGCUCUGCCUAGGCCUGAGGCAGGAAUCCACUGAUCUGAGAGUGACCCCCACCAUCCUGGGUGAACGACACAAUCCACUCAGUCUCGGUCAGGUGACCAACAUCUCCACCUCCAACCUCUCUCUUGGUCAUGUGAUCAGGGGGCUGUGUCAUGGUGUCCUCGACAACAUCAAAUCCAUGAUGCCCGCGGAACUCCUUCUGCAGGCUGGAGUCACCAGGAUUGUGGGCAGCGGGAGCGCACUAACUCGCAAUGAGGUGCUGAGACAGGAAGCAGAAAGGGCAUUUUCUCUGCCAGUGGUCUACGGACAAAAUGCAGACUCUGCUGUGGGCGUGGCCCUAGUCCUCUGUGACCGGCCUUGAAAAAUCUCUACUGUAAAGUCCAUGAAGAAAACUUUCUUUGUUUACAUGAUUACCUGAUGAUUUUUGCACAACGGUAUAGUUGGAAUCCAGUUCGGCCACAAGAAGAAAAAAAAAAUACAUGCAGUGACAAAUCAAGUGUCGUUAGCUUGUUAUAUAGUCAAAAAAACAAACAAAAAAAACCACAAUC